GCAUGGUUAAUCGUCAAUCAAAGUAAGAGAAAGUUUAAUCCGGCCUAAGAUAUAAAAUGUCCUGGUCUAACUAGUUAUUUAAUUAGUUGAUUCUUAUCUUCAGUAUAGAAAAGUUCUCGUCUAAAAACCUACUGAGUUUUCCAUUAAAUUUUUGCUACUGAAUAACUGUAGUUUUAUACAGUAAGAAGUAACAUUUUCACUUAUUUACAUUUUACCUGUUUGUGCAAAAAAAACAAAGAGUUCAAGUUUUUCCAUUUUCUGCUAUCAAGUUGAAUCAAGUGAAGACAAAAUGCGUGUCUGUUUAAUUUCCCUCUGUGUCAUCUUGUGUGCUGUAUACACUCAAUCUGAGUCUCGUCAGUAUUAUCCUGGAGUUGGAUAUGUUUCCACUGGAGAUCGACCUGUUAAAUCUUCACGAUUACGAGCAGCUCCAGCAGCAGCUAGAAAUAGUCAACAACGAUCACGACCUGCUCGAUUGAGAGAAGACUAUGAGCUUUUGGAAAGGGAAGAGCUUGCUCCAGCUCGACGACAGACUCGACGAAAUAAUCGCAACUCAAAUAGAAGAUCCUCUGCUCGACGUUCAUCACCUGGUCGUCGGUAUCGAUUAGCUCGCAAUGAAGCCACAACAGUUGAUCCGCCACCAGCUUCAGAGCCAGUUGCUCCCUUACCAGCACAACCAGCACAAGCUGCCUCUCAACCAUCUCUUUCAGCCGAUUCUUCACCAGUGCGCGCCUUUGGAGGAAUAUUUCCAAACUUCCAAGCUGGAGGUUUAGGUGGUGUAACCGGUGGUGGCUUUGCUCAAACAAAUGGACCUGGAGCUGCUUUUGCUGCUGGUUUUGCACAAUCAAGUGGAUCACAAUCAUUCGCUGGUGGCUUUGGAGCUGUUAUCAACCAUCCAAAAUUCCCCAAAUUUGGAGGAUCUGGUCGACCAAUCAAUAAAAAUGAUAAAGAUUCCGAUCUAGACAAUGUUAGCAGCAAAGACGAUGCACGAUCAGAUGAUUCAGGUUUUGAUGAUCCAAUUGACGACUCUGAAAGAUGGUUCAAUAAGACAUCAGCUUACGUAUAUGACUUGUCUUCGACAGUGAUGACGACCAGAAAUUGGACCGCCUUCGCAGAUAUCGCGGCUAAUGUAACCAACCAGAUGACUGACCAGUUUAAGAUUGUACCACUCGAAGGAAUAACUGGUUGGAGAAAGUGUUCCAAGUGUCCAGGGGCUUUGGUAUUUGUUAUGGCCAAUGAAAAGGGACGGAAAAUGAUAGGAGCUUCAUCAAAAUCAUUUACAUUUAAAUCCAUCAAAAAACCAGCACCAGUUUCUUCCACAGUGACCCAAGCACCAAUACCAACAUCACCACCAGUAACACCAAUGCCAACGACUACAGAAUCAAUCAUAGAUGAAAAACAGGAGGACUGACGAGGCUUUAUAAAAAAGAUUGAAAACAAAUGAGAAAAUAAAUUAACCUGUUGAUAAAAUCACAACAAAAACAAGGAAAAGACAAGACAUUCAAUACAAACCAUUAGAUUUUAACAUUAACAUUUAGCCACCAUAGAAAGAAUGUAAAAGCUUAAUAACUUGAUAAAAACUGUCAUAAAUCAGUAUUUUUAAAAAUUAGUAAUUAAGAGUUUACUUAAAGGUAAUGGUGAGGCACAGAAGAUUAAACGGGUUUAAAUUUUAACGGUUUUUGUUACUCCUUUGUUUUCAGUCUCUUGUUAAACUCUCGACCAAUCAGUAUCUCUCAAUGGUGAAGUUGGCUUUAAAGCACAUUGACUUUUAAUGGAUACCGACGAACCUGUCAAAUGGAAUGAACUGUUAACCUUAUUUUUAUACAUAAUUUUUUUUUCGUUUUCAAUUGAAUCCUUAACAGUACCUUUUAAUACUUUCUUGUUUCUUACCAAUUCUAUUCUGUAAGCCAGCAAUUGAUAAAAUAUUUUUUUAAUAAACUUACACUUAUCUCCAAAAUUUU